AGAAAUAGUCCAUGUCCGGCAACAAAUACAUGCAAUAUCAAGCAGAUGUGAUUUCAACACCAGACUUAGUUACAACCUAAAAUCAACAAUACUUGAAAUAAAACCUAGUAAAAUAUGCCAAGCCAAAUGGGAAACGACGGUACACUAUUUUAUUGAAUCCAACUUUUAUCUAGACAAUCAACACCAUAGAAAAUAAAUCGUCUAAUUCAAGACUCUAGGACUGCAACUACCCUACUAUCACUAUCAUAGUAUCUAUAAAAAAUGUCUUAGUUUAGUAUUAGUACUAUUAUACUACUGAUUACUGACUGAGGCUGUACCGAGUUUGAAGUCUGAAGCUAGUAGUGUACUGAACUGCAACUGGGCUAAUGUUGAGUACACACCCCUGACGUCAUGUCAUUUGCGUGUUUAAUUAUAGUUGCUUUGAAUUUGAAUUAGGGUUUAGGUUAGGUUGAGGGAUCAAUUUAGGGUUUAGGUUAGGUUGAGGGAUCAAUUUAGGGUUUAGGUUAGGCAUAGGGAUCGAUUUAGGGUUCAGGUUAGGCAUAGGGAUACAUUUAAGGUAGGUUUAGUGACGGAAUUAACUGGUUGUGUCAACCAAGAUGGUGGAAACCCUGGGGAGAUUUCUCAACAUUUACCGUGUAUAGUAUAGUAAUAGUAAUAGUACCAUAGGCCUAAAAAUUACGUUACUUUACUACUUUGGCUUUAUAAGUAGUAAGUAGGCUUACUAGUAUUAUUAUUAUUUAAUUUAGGUUGUUAUUAAGGCACUACUCGUGGCCUUGGACAUUUAACAUUUCAGAUAUUUUUGUAUACUUGUAUUAUUUGUUGUUUGUACUGUUCACUGAAGAAGCCUUCUUGUAGAGCCUUCUUAUUUGUUGCGUCUAUCUUUCAGGUUUUCCCAUACUUUUAUUUUACAUACUUCCUUCUUCCAAACCCAAUUGCAGUCUCUUUCCCACCCCCACCCCCUUAUUAUCAUGCUGAACUGUUAUUGAAUAUAGGUCAAGAGCUAUUUUAUGUUAUGUUGUAAUUAAAACGUUGGUGUAGUGAGUGAGUUAAAAUUGUUGUUGAAAAUAAAACUUUAUUUUAAUUCAAGAAGAAAAUAAGUAAAUAAUUAAAAUAAGUUAUGAUAUUAAUUGGUAUUAAAAUCUGGUGGCAAAGUAAUUGUAUAUGGUAGACUAUGACAAUUUUAUUAUUCAAUUGGGGAAUAAAGAAAAUCAUAGUAGGUAAUUUGAUACUUUCUAAGCACAAUCAAUUAGUCGUUAAAUGAGGACAAUAUGCUUGAAACUUUUUUGCACAAAGUUUUAUAUUGACUUCUUUUCUUUUCCAAUCAUCAUCACACAUGUCAUCAAAUUUAGACACCCUCACAUUACAUCUUCAUAUACCGGGUAUUUGUGACCCCCUUCCCACUUAAUACCUGACAUCAUCUAUGGAUGGCCCCUAUAGCAGCUAGGCUACACGGCUAAUGUAGGCCUACAAAAUUAAAUAUACCGGUAGUCUCUUAUUAACUCCCAUAACUAACUUAAGCCCAGCCAGGAUUUAUUGUUAAUCUGUAUUUGUAGUUAUGUAAGCCUACUAGGACUGAUGAUCAGUACCGGUAUAUCAAUUUUCAAUUCAUGAACUUGAUUAUCAAGUUACAUGGCUAUAGCCAAAUCACCUGAACUUCUAUAGUCCAAACCAACAGAAGCAGAUUUCCCACAUGUGUAAAAGAAAAACCUAUUCCAAAAUUGUAAAAAGAUCUGUACGAGUACGGUACUUAAAGUUUUAAAUCCAUCAUUACCUUUGAAUUGUUUAAAAAUUUGUCAUAAUUUUCUUUGCAAGUGAGGAAUUCUUAGGUAAGGUGACUUUAUUUUUGUUUUGAAACCAAAGGAACAAAAAUUACACAGUAAAAUAGAAUCAUAGUACCAAGUAGAGUUUGCAAAUUCAGUUUUUUCCCCUUUGAUUUCUUUCUGGUCAAUGUUUAACACACAGUACAGCCUACUUCACACUGGUUACUGCAAGUCUACACACAUUAUUAUUCAUACUUGCUACUGCAAGUCUACUGCUACUUGAAUUAUUUUCUUUUUUUUAUCACUAUUAAAAUGCCUCUUCCUCAUCUAACAAUAUAUAUCUCAUUGGGACUUUAUUUGUGAAGCAUGAAACUGUUGGCCUUAUAGUUCUUAUUCCAGUUUUUUAGACAGAGUUGUGAAUAUGUAAGAUUUCUUACAAAAAUGCGCUAGUUUAAAAGAUGAUCUGGUUAAAUUAGUCUGUUACUUGUGGCAGAGAAGACUUCAACUUCAAUGAAAUUUGGGUUAUGGAGAUUUCACUAGAUUUUCUGGUCUUCCUAAUGGCAAUUAUAGGAUUAUCACAAUUGGUUAACAUAAAUGUGAAUUUUUUUAAAUGUUUUAGAUGUCCUGGUGUAUUUCACAACAUUGAUGAAAGAAAACUCUGGGAUGUCUUCAGCAGUUGCUGCAAUAAAAACACUUGUCAGACUCAUGGAAAAUAAUGAUGGUGAGCUGGAAAAACCCCCAACCCAAAUUGAACUAAAGCUUGCAGCGUAUCUGCUUUCUUACAUUAGAGAGUACCGUAAUUUUUAUUUGGAUAGUGCCAACUUCUGAUUAUAAAUCUCGACUUAUUUUUGUAUUACGUAAAAUUGUUACCCUGUGGUGGCACGUUUUUCUCAAUAUGGGGGUGGGCGGCAUUUUCUAAGUGCAAUCAAAAGGGAUUUUAGGGACUAUACUUCAUUUGCCAUAACAUUAUUUUAUCAUCUUCUUAUUAUGCGAUACUGGAACUCUGAAAAGAUUGGCCUUAUUCUAAUCAUUGUAAUAAACUUUUAAUCGUGAUCAAGUUAAAUAGAAAUAUUGAGAGGGGGGGGGGGGCAGAAGCAAAUGAACAAAACGAUCCUUACCAUAAGGGGAAAGUCAAACAAAAGUCUGGUAUUUUAGAUAUCUUUUCUUUUGAUGAGGUGGGGUGAAAUGACAUAACAAUUUGAAGGUAGGUCUAUGUGACAGCUAUAAUAAUAUUCCGGCUAUUCUAAAACAACAAAGAAUUAAGCAUUAGCCUUCCUCGCGCACAAAAAUUCAGUUAAAAAUUUAUUAAGAGUUAAAAACAAACAAAAAUUAGAAAUAGCCUACAACUUCGAGACGUUAGGACCCAGGAGAAGCAGUCAUUUAAUAAAGAUUUACCUUAAAAAAGAUUACCUUUAAAUGCAGCCAUUGUUAUUUUAUGUAUAUAAUUAGAAAGUACAGUUUUUUUAUUAGUCAAGGCCAAUAAAUCUCUUUGAUAUUCAAAUGACUUUUUAAGUCGCUCCUCUGGAAUUGUUGCCCAAUAGACAUGGUUUCUCUUGGUAUUAUAGCAAAUCCACCACUGCAAUUAUGACUUUGAAAAUGAUCAUGAUGCAUGUUGAGAGUAAGGCCUUUGAAGUUCUGGGUAAAGUCAACAUAUGGACACAUAGCUGUCCAUGCAUUGUCAAUAAAUACCCUUCAAUGUUUGCCAUUAUUUUAAUACAGGUAUGAAAGAAGUUAGAGACUGCUUCUUUUGCCAUUCAGCCCUGAUAAUAUAAAACUCACUUGACACACUUAGACAGCAGUAUAUAUAAUAUAUCAAAUGCUGUUUUUGUGACGGUAAGUGCCGUUAGUGAUAUCGGCACCUUUUUUAAAAAAAAAUUCAUUUACUGAUGAAGACGUGUAAACCAUUUAAAAAGUACAAUAGUUUUAAAAUAGCUUAAAGAAAUAUUUAAAAACAAAAUUACUAUUUAGUAACAACUAAAAAUGUAGGAUUUGUACAAAUCCAACUAUGUCAAGGGGGACACCUAAAUUUAAUAGCAUUUCUUCUGUUGCUCUUCGAUUAAGUGUGGGGUGAUACAAAGUUAUACACGGAUUAUACGCCAGAAAGAAUUCUUGUAUAUUGAAAUGAUAAAAAAAAUUUCAAGUGAGCGUCUCAGUGAAGCCUCCCCUCUACCCCCCCCCCCCUACCACACCUUGGGCUUGGGAGCCUUUGGGGCCCCUGAUUUUCAUCCCACCCCCUUCCCCCCGAUCAAUGCCAGAAAGAAUUCUUGUAUAUUGAAAUGAUAAAAAAAAUUUCAAGUGAGCGUCUCUGUUAAGCCUCCCCUCUACCCCCCCCCCCCUACCACACCUUGGGCUUGGGAGCCUUUGGUGCCCAUGAUUUUCAUCUCACCCCAUUCCCACAGAUCAAAGUGACUUUCUGGCACUUUUCUAUAAACAAUGAAACCUGGAAAUAACUCAAACCCUUGGGGCCGAAGCAAAAGUGAUGCUAUGAACAUGUUCAGCCAGUGUUCAGAAAUUAUUCCGUGAUAGGAAAAGUUAGGGCAUAUGCGAGGGACAGCGCUAUUUCAACGUUUUUGGGUAUUACCAGGUUUCUCUGUACCAAAAAGGACUAUAAAUAUUUAUAUAUACUUCGGGGCGGGACGGGGGGGACACUAAAGUCCGGCCCCGGGUGACACAGUGUCUUGCUGCUUUACCAGAUGUUUGUCACAUUUACAGUUUGACUUUGAAGAUUUGGUCCUGCAUUAUAAUUUUAGCAUUAACAUUGAAUGUGGUCGGGGCUAACUGUCCAAUUAAUUAAAUAAAAUUUAAUCAGAAAUUGAUGAGAAAAUGCUAAUUUGUUGUGAUAAUUUAUUAAUAUUUUGUCUUUGGUAUUUCUACAUUCUUGUCCUUCUCAUUCUUUUUCUAAAAAAUUUCAACCUUAUAUAAUUCUUUAGCUGGCACUCUAUCAGAACUUCGAGAUACUAUGAUUCAAGCUAAAGAGGAAAUGUUGAAGACAGACUAUAGUUAUGCAUCUAUACAUUCAGGAUGUGAGCAGUUCCUACGCUAUAUUACUCUUGCUAAUUUGGAUGACGUAUGUAUUGAUAAAAAAAAUUAAGAUUUAUAUUUAAAAGUAAGAAAAUAAUGGUAUUGUAAGUUAUUUCAAACCAUUAAUCAUUUCAUUAAACUGAAUGACACUCUCUCUAUAAAAUUUGACAAAAUACAAAACAUACUUCAACUUCAAAAAUUUAAAAAAUUCAGAGUGAAACAGCUUAAUAUAAUCUGAAGGAUACAAAAUUAAAAGAAACGAUUAAAGUAUGGGGCCAUUAAAAUAUUGUCACCCAUCUCUGUUGGGGUGGGUUGGGGGAGUCACAAAUAUAUCAUGUAUAAUAAGGGUGUUAAAAUUUUGAAAAAUAUGCUCACCCUCAAAAUCACAGACACAAUCAUCAAAAAGUCCUGCAAGGCUUGUUUUUGCACAUCAUGGUAUUUCAACAAACAAAAAGAAUCAUCCUUUUUUUUUUUUUAACAAUAAAAUUUAAACUUAAUAAGUCUCAGGGUCGGAUUAAUUAAAAUUUCAUUCUAGUUAUUUAAAUCCAGAUUUUUCGUUUACUAUCUUUUAAUAACUUUUAUGAGUCCUUACAUCUAUUGCUUUAAAAAAUACUCAACUGUAAUGGAAAUUAAACACCUCACUCUUAGAAUAUUUAGGCCUUGCACUAGUCAUUUAAUUACUGAUAUAAUUUCAUGUGUCAUACAAUAAUCUAAAUUGUAAUUAAGAACUUAAAGAAGUUUUAAAAAUUACAUUUUUAGUUACAUUGGAUUAAGUUCUCUGCUUUUCUGUGUAUAUCUCUCUCAGACUUUCAAAAAGAUUAUGCUUGAAAGAGGCAAAGAAUUUGAGUCUAAGAUGGUUAAUGCAAGAGCUCUUAUUGCUAAAUUAGCGUCAGCAUUCAUUGAUGAUGGUGCCGUAAGUAUAAAUUAUAAAUUAAACAUUUAAACCAUGCCGUCUCAGCAAUUUUAGACAGAGAGCCUUGGGCCAAAUAAUUUUUGCUGGAGCCCUCAUACAAAUUUGAGCCUAUUAUAAUCAGCCUACAACAAGUAAAAGUCUUUUAGAACUUGCAUCUUUAUGAAAAUUUCUAAGUGAAAAUCCAUUUUCCUUAUAUUUAUAUACUAUACCCACUUGUGCAAAGGUUGCUCUUACAAAAUUCAAGGAUUUUAUCAGCAUAUAUAUUUAGUUGUGACCUGAAAGCGCAUGCAUCAAUGUAAAAUAGCCGGUUAAUAAAUUUAGCUUUUGAAAACGAUACAAUGAAGAAAUUGCAUUAUCAUUAAGAAUGUCACAGGUUUAAUUUUUAUCAAAUGGCUAUUGCUUGGAGAUGUCUAUCUAAAAUUUAGCAGUUUCUUCCCCUUGAAAUACAAUACAUCUUUAUGAGUGCCGGUACGAUAUAUUAAAAUUUGCUCUAGGAUCUUCUUUCUAUCAAAGUCUACUUUGCAACUGUUUAUUUUAUUUUCCAUUCUUCUGAAAAAUUUUCAGAGCUCUAGUUGUUUAUGAAUGAUGCCAUCUUGUAUUAAGAUGAUCACAAAUAUAGUUAUAAAAAAAUGUCAUAAUUUAUUUUAGGAAACUGAAAUAAAAGUAAUUGACUUUUCUUGUGUUAAAUUAAUCUCCAGGCAAUUUUAACACACUGUCACUCAAGGGUAGUGCUUGAAGUCAUAAAGGCUGCAGCCAAUCAGAAGAAAAGGUUCACCGUUUAUGUCACAGAGUCAAAUCCAGAUAAAAGUGGGUCAGUUCCAAUUUUCUUCUUAGACUUUGACAUGCUAUGCAUUAUUGUGAACUGUAACGGUUGGAUUAUUCUUCUGGAUAUUUUGGACCACUUAAAUACAACAUCAGUUAAAAGCAUAAAGAUUUAACCAUUUUUGUAGUUUUGAAAAAAAAAUCAUUAUGCUUUUAAAUAUAAAUUUUAAACAUUUUGUAUAAAUUGUCACAUAUUUUUGUAAGUUGCUAUAUAAUUUAGACAUGAAAUAAAUGUUGAAACUAAUUGAACUCAUUGUAUCAUGGUGCCCUCCCCACUAUUAAAUUUAUGGUGCCUUCCCCACUGUUAUUUUAUGGCGCAUCCCUGUAAUUGUGCCUUCUCUUUAUGAAGGAAAUUUACCGUUCAAGCUUUCCACCUAAUUUUAAUUAGUGUUGAUAGAAUUACUUAAAAAUUUUCAAUUUAAAUUGUGCAAUAUUUUUUUUGCUAUUUCUUUGUCAAGUUAUAAAAUGGAGAAGGAACUCUCAAAGCUCGGAAUUCCAACAGUUGUAAUUCUAGAUUUUGGUAUAGGGUAGGUAACUCAACAUGUCAAGUCUGUUUAACUUUAUCAGGUUAAUUUUUAAAUGCCUUGUAACUUUCUGUGUGGGGAAAAAUAGGUCAAGGAAAUUAAAUUUAAUUUAUUCCUUUUAAUAAACAAAUAUACAUUUGUGUACAGAUUGUUCUAUAGAAAAAAAUAUUUUGCUUUUGAAUCCUACUUCCAGCUACAUUAUGGAAAAAGUCCAGAUGGUGAUGGUAGGAGCUGAAGGAGUCAUGGAGAGUGGAGGCAUUAUAAAUAAAGUAUGUCAUUAUAAAUUAAGUAUGUCAUUAUAAGGCAUUACAAAUAAAUUUUGUCAGUUUAGACACUAAAAUCUCAGUCGCAAACUUCCUGGAUUGGAAGCAAAGCGUCUCUCAAAUAUGCUUGUAUCUGUUGUCACUCUGAAUAUAAUAUUGUUAAUAGGUUGUGCGAAUUUAGACUUAGUGCCAUUUUUCAUACAGUUAUAAUCUACAAGAAUUGAGAUUUGAAAUAGCAUUUCAUAGUGUAAAUUUGUGACUUGUUUGUUAGACUUGCUGGCCAACCUGCUUCAAAUUUAAUUUGUUUUGUGGGAUUGAGCAACAAUUAAUUAUACAUAUAAUAAUAUAUGUUUUACUUUAGAUUGGGACCUAUCCAAUAGCCAUUUGUGCAAAGCAAAUGAACAAGCCAUUUUAUGUUGUGGCAGAAAGUUUCAAAUUUGUCAGAGAAUUACCCCUGAACCAGAAAGAUGUCCCCGAUAAGUUUAAGGUAAGAUUUUAAAAGCUGUCCUUUUAGAAGCACACACUUAUAUAACAUGCUGAUGGCCCAUUUCUUUGCAUAUAUUAUACAGCAAGUUAUUAUAAUCCAAAAACAGAUGAUAAUUUAUUUCAAGACAGUACUUAAUAGUCUUUAUUUUUUUUUUUUACUCUUAUCCAAGUUCCAAUAUCCACUUGCUUAUCAGCAUCACCACAGGUUUUGAUGACCCCCCUUGCUUUGCCCAAGUCUGACAAUCUGAUAGAGCACCAGCCCAAAAACAGCUGUUUUGAAAUAUCUUUCUGUUAUUUCUUUAAAGCAUUAUUUCCAAACUUUGUGAUACUACUGCGCCCCUCUCUCCUUAAAAAUACCCCCCCCCCCCCCCCCCAAAAAAAUUAUUGGUGACCUCUUUAUUCUGUAAACAAAAGAGGUAUUUGGAAAUAUUUAACUUCUGAGCCAUCCUCUGUUCGUGACCCUCCUCUGUUCAUGACCCCACUCUGCUCAUGACCCCACUCUGUUAGUGACCCUCCUCUGUCAGUGACCCUCCUCUGUCAGGGAUCCCUCUCUUUUGAUGACCCCCUAUGUUGGUAAGCCCCACCUGUUGGUGAACCCUCCCCCCCCACACUGUUGAUGACUACCCUCUGUUCAUGCCCCCCUCUAAGAGGUUUGCAAGCCCCAGUUUGGGAGAACUUUAAUUUAAAGUAUGACAGAUCUUUCUUUUUCUCUCCACCAGUAUCGGACGUCAACGUUUAAAACAACAAAAGACUUAAGCAAAGAGCAUCCUAUAGUGGACUAUACACCCCCAGAGUACAUUGACCUUUUGUUUACAGACUUGGGUGUGCUGACAUCAUCAGCUGUUAGCGAUGAGCUCAUCAACAUGUACUGCUAACUCUUUUAUAGGAAAAAAUCUUUUUGGUGAUCGAGGGGGUCAUCAAAUGUUAAUUUCUGUGCUAUUAUUAACGUAAGACUAAUGUGUUAAUUCAUGCAUGCAGAGAUCCUCAUGGCGCUGACAAGUCUUCUGUUUGGGUGCUGUCCCCUGUGAAGGACUCUGUUGUUUUUACCGCCGUGUAAAUAAGGUACCCCACAAUGUGUGGGAACAUCAAUAAAUAAGAAUAAUAAAAUUU